AUGAGCAAGCAGCCUAGCAUAUUUAAUGGGUUGAAUCCGUCAACGUAUAAUGCCAGCGAUCCUUUCCCCCUAUGGGUGAUUCAAGUCGUCGUUAUUAUUGGCAUGACCCAGUUACUGGCGUUGAUUCUGGGACGCAUACGGCAGCCUCGCGUCAUCUCAGAGGUGAUUGGUGGUGUCCUGUUAGGCCCGUCUGUUAUGGGGCGCAUUCCAGGAUUUUCAAACACUGUGUUCCCCAACAACGCCUCCAUCGCCAUCUUGACGCUCACGGCCGACAUUGGCCUUAUUCUGUUUCUCUUCCUCGUGGGACUGGAAAUCGACGUCCGUGUAAUGCGUCGGAAUGCCAGGGCGUCUAUCGCGAUAUCCCUUGCAGGUCUCAUUGUUCCCCUGGGCUUGGGCGCAGCACUGGCCGUGCCGAUAUACCACAACUUCAUCGACCAAUCCGUCAACUUCGGCUAUUUCAUCUUGUUCGUGGCCGUCGCGGUGGGAAUCACAGCAUUCCCUGUUCUAUGCCGUAUCCUCACGGAACUGAAACUCGUGGACACAACCGUCGGUGUGGUGGUACUUGCCGCGGGUGUCGGAAACGAUAUCAUUGGCUGGGUGCUCCUUGCACUGACCGUGGCCCUCGUCAAUUCCUCCAAGGGAAUCACAGCACUCUGGAUAUUACUGGCUGCUGUGGCAUAUAUCUUGUUCCUGACCAUUCCUGUCCGGUGGGGUUAUCGCUGGCUUGCCCGGCGCACCGGAAGCCUGGAGACUGGCCAGCCUUCAUUGCUCAUGAUGACGGUGACAGUGGUCAUCAUCUUCAUAUCCGCUUUCUACACUGAUAUUAUCGGAAUUCAUCCCAUCUUCGGCGGCUUCCUAGCUGGUCUCAUCAUACCUCACGAUAAUGGCUACGCUAUCGCCCUCGUUGAGAAGGUGGAAGAUCUGGUCUCGGUUCUGCUUCUUCCUCUGUAUUUCGCCUUAUCUGGCCUGCGAACCAACCUGGGCUUAUUGAACAACGGUAUCACUUGGGGCUACACCAUCCUCAUUUGCGUUGUCUCGUUCUUCUCCAAAUUCUUGGGUUGUUCCAUCUCCGCGAGGCUCACUGGUUUCAGCCUCAGAGAAUCAGGCGCCAUCGGCUCACUGAUGGCAUGUAAGGGCCUGGUGGAACUGAUCGCGCUGAACAUUGGCCUCCAGGCCGGGAUCCUCAACACUCGCGUGUUCUCCAUGUUCGUGCUGCAUGCCCUCGUCACCACGUUCGUCACCACCCCGCUCGUGCUGAUGUUCUACCCGGAGAGGUUCCACGUGCGCGUUUACAAUCCAGCCAAUACCGGGAUGAAGAAGGCGCACCACGAGAGUGGCCACCACGAUGUUGCGCCUGAUGGCCUGAAGACCAGGUUCACCGUGGCCCUUGAUAGGGUUGAGCAGCUGCCCGCUGCCAUGACCCUAGCGCACUUGCUGCAUAGCCCAGAGCCCACCACACCCUGCGAGUCGCCGAAGCUGGCCGACAACGAGACCAGUUUGACCGUCUACCGCGGCGGCCAAGUCUCCGUCAACGCUCUCCGGCUCAUCCCCCUCUCUGACAGAACAUCCGCGGUGUUCAAGUCGCACGAGACGGAGAGCCUUAUCCGGAGCGACACCAUCCUCAGCGUCUUCGGUACCUUCGGGCACCUCAAUCGCAUUGCCGUGUCGAGCGCAUUGUCUGUGCUCAGCCCGGAGGACUACUCGGCGCACAUCAUCAACUAUGCUCGCGAGACCGCAUCGCAGAUGAUCGUCCUCCCCUGGACCAUUGCGCCGUCCUCCAGCGGGGCAGCGUCGGACAAUGCUGAAGUGAUAACGUCCGCAAGCUCCGCUUCUGCGGACAGCGCGCUGGACGGCCUCUUCCAGAUGUCCUCGAACGUCAUCCGGAAGCUGUUUAUCGAGUCGCCGAUAGACGUUGCACUCUUUGUCGACAGAAGUUCGCUGCAGCCGGUCGGCGGACGUCAGCACGUCUUCCUUCCCUUCUUUGGUGGCGCAGACGACCGCCUGGCACUGACAUUCGUGGCGCAGCUGUGCAUGAGGCCGGACGUCACUGCGACAGUGCUCCGUGUCAAGCUCGGCGCGAUGGCGAAGCUCACGCCGUACAGCACGGCCGAAGACUCCCCGAAGGGCGCAGACAUAGACUCUGCAAUCCCUACUUUAGCUUAUACACCGUAUCCCGAUACGGUGUACGCAGCCGACAGCACGCAGACACGAUUGGAAUCUGACACAGCGGAUGAUCUGCUCUGGGGCCAGUACGUCUCUUCGACAGAAGAAGCUGGGGCUGCGGCACGCAUGUCACUGAAGGAGCUGUAUGCGGAGCGACCCUUGCAUGAGGUCCUGCAGGCGGCGAGGGAGGUCGCGCAAGCGGACGUGCAACUGCUCGUUGUGGCGGGACGCUCCCGGCGCACGUCGCAAGGUCUGCAGAACGCGGAAGUUCGUGAGCUCUGUACGGAGCGCGGGGUGUCUUUCAACAUUGAAUUGUCGAAGACGAUGGGCGAUGCGGCUGCCGCAUUCGUGGUCGACAACGUCCGGGGAAAUUUGCUUGUGAUGCAGAGAGCGCAGAGACACCCAUGA